AUGGGGUCGAAGGAGCUCUUCCCUAUAACACGGAUCCGAAAUGUGGUGUUGUUCGCUCUGGUGAUAUUCAUUGUUGUUACAGGGUUUGCAACAAUUACAUUCACCACCUCCAUUGAGAAGCAUCCGUUACCGUUGCAGCAUAUCGCUAAUGCCAGCACUGUUGUAUCUCAAGGUGUGAAAUACCAAGUUCCCGUAUACGUGGACGUUCCAAACUCACAAGAACAUGUGGUGGAAGCACUUGAGUCCAGAUUCAAUAGCGAGUUAUCGCUGUUACCAAGAAUUGCUUCGCAGUGGCUGAUCAAAUGCAUUCGGGGACCCGCAAACCCUGACACGGACUACGUGAUCGAACUCCAGCCUGGCAAAGAUGCCGGUUACCACAUCUCACCUUUUUCGAAGAAGAUAACCCUCUACGUUAACGAAGCUGUUAAGCAGGGGGAGAAUGUUGUUGAGCUUGGCACGAGCGUUUUGCAUCAAGUUUUCGACUAUGAGGUGGCAAAGUUUGCUGGAAACAUUAAAUCUAGUGCCAUAGAAGUGCCCUACAGUUCGCGAUAUAAUGUUGUAUUCAGUCUUUUCUCUGAACUGGGACACCCAGUCCAAUGGAAGAUCGAUGAAGCACUCAAAUUAUUCGACCCCAUCUUUGAUUCCCUCAAAGAGUAUGCAAAUUUUUCCGUAUCGCUGCAAAUCCAAUAUUACUCGAAUUUGGCGGAAGGUGUUCAAUUUAAUCGGGAGAUUGAUCGUCAGGUACUUCGACUGGAGCAUUUAUCGACAUUUAUCAACCAUGGUGACUGGAACUUGUUUUCUCACGACAUAAACCCCACAAUCAACUUCAUGAUGUAUAUUCCAGAGAAGAACUACGAAGAUGUUCCCACAGUUAUUGAAAACUCUGCUCUGAACUCAUUUCUAGUACCGCAGUGGGGUGGUGUGCAUGUAUUGAGUCGGCCAAUGGCUAAAGCAAAAGACGAACGCGAAACUGUGCUUAGCGAAGAUGAGUUAUUACCAGUAAUGGAGAUCUUCGCAUCUCAAUUUACUCAAUUGAUAGGUAUGGGAAAUCAGCCAAAGCUGUUGGCGAUGCGGACGCUGCUGUUAUACCGAACACAACUGAAUGACAAUCUUCAGCAAGCUCUUGAUAUUCUCAAUAGUUUGGUUAAGGUGGUUAUAUCGUUGGAGGGCAUCGCCAUUCCUGAGGCCACCGUGGAGCUUGUGCGCAAGCUGUUGUCUAGUGUCGCUGAACUGCUGACCCUAAUCAGUGCGGGAGAAUUUGAAGGAGGAAUGAAAGAGUCAGCCAAGGCCGUUGAUUACGCCAACCGAGCAUUUUUCGAGAAGGAGAUGGUUCAACAGGCUUACUUCCCAUCAGAACACAAAAUGGCAGUAUACUUGCCGUUGUUGGGCCCCGUGGGGCUGAUCUGCAUUUUUGCGUUGUUGCGAGUGGCUGUCGAUGCCAAGCGGAGGAUGAAGCACAAGAAAACACAAUAG